CUUAUUAAAUGACUACCAAAACGAGGAAGUAAAUAAGUCAUUCAGUAUUUUUGUACAUACCAAAAUAUAUUCGGAAUUUACCAUCUUACUAAACCAACUUUUUGUGAGUUUAAUAUAUAAAUAAGUUAACCGAUGGAAAGAGGUCAACAUAACAGGUCCUACAAUAAUCAUUUCCACAAACUAAUAUAAAGACAGUAUUGUUUUGAAUCCAAAAUGGUGGAAAAGGGGACAACACUUGGUGAUUUGAAGGAAAGACUUUUGGAUAUAUCAAAAUAUUGUCCUACCAAAAUAUUGAAUGCUGUGCGAAACUCUUAUAGGGGAUUUUUCUGGAACAAAGCAAAUCUUGAACAGGACUUACUCUUUCUAGACCAUCUCAUUGAGGUUCCAGCUAUGAAUAGAGAAAAGGAAAACUUUGACAUAAAAAACUUUGAAAAUGCAAUCGUCGAUUUCAUUGAAGUGCUCAUCUUUAUUACAGAAAAGAAAAACCCCGAAGAGUUCAGCUUUAAUAUUGUGUCAGUUGGCAGUUUCCCUCUUAAUCUAAAAAUUCUUGCAAUCAACGAAUUCGACUUUAUCCUGCCAUGGAUCAUACGCUCGGAUAACUUUGAUAACUCUUACAAAGAUUUCAUACAAGGAAAAACCGACACCCAACCCGCGGAAAAGUUGGAGUUUCAUAAACUUUUUGAAGAAACUAUUUCUGAUCUCACCAAAUCUGACGAAAGAAAAAAUGUUGAAAUUGAUGGUCCGUAUUUUACUGGACCUGCUGUAAAUAUAGAACUUUGCUGGAAGUGCUCAUGUGAUCAUAAACACAAAGUUAGUUUAGAUUUUACCAUAGCCAUAGAAACAGAUACAACUGUGGAAACAUAUUUUGAAAGUAAACUUUCACAUUUGAAGAAUUCUCCUUUUAACUGCUUAGUAGAAAAAACUAAAAGAGAUGGAAUUCAACAUAUAUCUAUUAUUUAUGAUGGGUUAAAGAAUUAUGUUGUUACAACUAAUCUAUUUGACACUUAUAUGUUCGCAAUAUGUGAUUACCUUUCUAUGAACAUAAGAAUGUGUUACAGAAUUCUUAAAUUCAUACGCGAUGUUCUCUUCCCUCGUCAUUUUCGACAGAGAUGGUAUUUUUCGGGCGAAAUAAAUGAUGCCUUUGACCAAGGUGUGUCCUCGCAUGUAUUAAAACAUGUUCUUUUCAGUGAAGUCAUCAAGUUUCCGAGAAAAGAGCACUGGAACGAAGGCAAGAUAUGUGCAAGAAUUUCAUCGAUGUUGACUUGCUUAACUGAUGCAAAUAGCGAUAGCUUUAACUCUAGUUAUGAUGCCAUUGAGUUGAAACUAAGGGAUUGUUUCACACAGAGAAAUUUUUGUUUACACAAUGAAACCUUUUUGUUAUUAGAGAUCAUCAUCAAGGAUUUACAGGUGAUUUUAUUGAAAGGAAUUCUACCAAAAAAUGACGAACAAUGCACAACCAGUAACAGUAAUAAUGGUUUUUACUUAUCAGUCAAGGGACGUCUGUUUAAAGUCGAAACGUCUAUGAUACAUAGCUUGCUGUCUCUGUUUGCUGCAAAGAUUCCGAUAAUGAGAAAACACGAAUUAGGGUCGGAUAUUUUAGAAAGCAAUUUCGCCAAAUGGAUUUACAAAUAUUCGCAUUCUUUAACAGAAAAGCUCUUUCUUCUGGACCUGACUACCCACACACCGGAAAUGGUUGAAAAGAUCGUUGGCUUGUUUAAAGUUGAUGUGAUAGUUCAAGAAGAUUUUUCCUCGAAAAAUUAUAAAAAGAAAAUAGAAAAAUUUGAGACCAUUUGCCAAGGUUGUGAAAUGGAAUUUAAGUGGGCUUUAGGAGAAUAUGCCGGGAGAUCUAAUCAAAUAGUGAAUACUUCAGAAAACACUGAAAUUUGGAAAAAAGAAUUAUAUUCCGAUCUUCGUCAGAUUUUUGAAUCUGCGAGUAUUCAUGAUAUUGCUAUAGUUCACAAAAAUAUUCACAAAAAGGAAAUCGACGACGAAGCUCAAAGCAAGAAAUUAAAAGAAAUCGGUCGCAUAUUUAGCCAUUAUUUGCAACAGUUAAAAACCAAAAAAACAACACUUUCUGAUCAGUCUAUAAAACUUGAAAUUUAUUUUCUUUUGGAGUGGUAUUGGUUGAAAUUCAUUAUGGAAAGUAUAAGAGAUAUGCUGAGUUGAGUCAGUCCUAAAAUGAACUUACAUCGGACUCACACUAGUACGUAUGUUCUAUGUACUGAUAUGAAUUGAACACCUUGUGGCAGUAUAAUAUAAUUCUUUUUAUAUACUUUGCAAAUAAUUGUUUAUAUUGUGUUAUUUGUAAAAAAAGGUAUAUCAAAGAUAUAUGUCACCUUGAUUAUUUCAAGCUACAUACAGGCUGUGUAAGUUUCUCAGAUUUUGAAGGAAAAUUCAUUAUAAAAACAUUAUCAUGUUCAAUAUGCAAAUGAACACUGUUUGCACCACGCUUUUAAGUCCGGCCAUUUUUUUUUUUAUGUUAGCCCAUUAUUACAUUCUAUAUUUAUGAAAAAACUUGAUUUUGAAAAUGUUUAAUAGUGCGGCAUUAUCUUUUAAUGUACUAUCAUGGAAGUAUUAAAUUGUCAAAUACUUCCAUGAUAUUAUCAACUAUAAAAAUAUUUUUCUUGG